CUCCUCCUCCUCCUCCUGUCCGCAAGAUUUCUCUCUCCUCUCACUGCCAGUCAGAAAGAGAGAUAGAGAGUGGAAAGACACGCUUGUGUUUCGUUUUCAAACUCCACUGCAUUUGACCUGCAUUCUUGGAUGAUUCAACACCAGAGAAACCUCAAGAUUGAAGAGACCCACAUCCAAAGACAGCAUUGUUAACUCACAGUCAAAGCAAGAUAAGUGGCACGUUGAAGUGAAAAUGCUUCCUUGAGAUGACAUUUUGUCCUUGGAACAAUCAAGUGAAGGGCCAUCAUUACAAAGACCCUGAAGAGGAGAGACAGGGAGGGGAACACUUGUGACUCCAUAAAUGGACUCAGCACCCUGCAGGUGUCUUUGAGCGUGCAAAAAGAAUCGAUCCAAUAUGAGCAUCCCAACUGGUUUCCAGGGACUGAGGGUCAAUGUUGAAAAAGGGGAAAAGAUUGGAAACAAAACCCAGAUCCAGUUUCCCCAAUCUGGGGAUGAUAAUGCCAAUCGGUUAUCGUCAAUUACCGAUCAAGAAGGAAGAAGAUUGAUACAUGACACAAGAUACAGCACAAGCUCCAUUCCUCCUUUGGUUUCUCAACGUGAUUCCCCGGACAAGUUAGUGAUCUGGGGCUCUGAGCAGCGGUGUUUGGAGCCUGACCUUGAAAAGUUUGAGCUUUUGGACUGUCAGGAGAUACAUACAUUCUUGGGAAACAGAGAUCAGGACGAUGACGAUGACGAGGGAGGAAGCUUGAGGGACGGAAAAGAUGAAGGUCCCAUGUCCAUAUCCUCAAGCUCAACUGCCAGCUCUGCUUCGACCGGCGUGAGAAGAAAUGACAACGACAACAACAAAGUGGAGAGCAGAACACACAGGGACACAGAGGUGCAGAAAAGGAUUGCCUGUCAUAGCACUGAAGACUUGGACACAUGUGUGAUAGGCUCAAUAGAGAAAAGGGACAGCAGGUCAGGUAGAGAAAGGGAGAGACGUAAGGGGGGUCUGAAGGAGUCCAAGUCUGAGACAAAUGUAUUCGUCUCCAGUCUGUCAGCUGUUUCUCUCAGCGGGAGUCUGUCAAAUGUGCUGGAUAGUAGUGCAGAGGUGCAGUCACUCGUCUCUCUGUCCUACUCCAAGACCAACCCUUAUUCCAAUACAAACCAAACUACCUCAGCCCUGACAAGAGGAAGGGCAUGCCCUGUAGAUGCUAACCAGAACUCCCCGCCACCGCAUUCUCAAGAGAAACACGACCAUCUUCAAUGGUACAGGCAGGAUCAGAGACAAGAAGAUGUAGGUAAGCAUAGAAAUGGAUUGUCCUAUGACGGGGGGCUGGGCCAAAGAAGGAAGGCAGGAUUUGAGGAGAGGGUGCUGCCACCAAGACGACAACAGCUUGUCAGACCCCUCUGUCAGACGGAGAUGGGAAGAGCGAGGAGUUUAGCAGAGCCCAAUGCUCAUCAAACUCAGACAGGGCAACCUUCUUCCCCCAACCCCUUCCCAGAUUCAAACAGUAAUGGUUCAAACAGGAAGUUUACAAAGUCAGCUUUACGUGAACCCUCAGAUUUCUCCAACCUGUACAACCCUACUGGAGUCUCACAGCCCAGGCAAAGCAACCAGACAGCUCCUCCUCCUGUAGAAAAACAGCCUGCCACGACUGCAUGGCGAAAUUCAAGUCUUUCCACUAUUGAGAAGAGACCCCAGACUCAGUUCACAUACAGAAGGAAUUGCUCCAGUCCCAACAGGAUGGGGGUUGAUUCAAGGUCAUCCACCCCUCCCCACUCCCCUCUCAGGACACCCCAGGGUUCACCUCGCAGGGAACCCUCCAUGUACCUCGUUUCCAGGAAUGUCCCUGGAGUGGUUAGACACCUCCCGUCAGGAUGCAACCCCGCUGUAACAACAUCAGCUCAGGGCUAUGGCAACAGUUGCAUGAGAGCACCAGUGAGAACCAAUAUAAGCACAAGUGGAAUUCCCAAAGCGCCUCCUAACAACCAGCAGAGCUCCAGCCACAACGCCAAAGAGAGCUCCCCAUCACCUAAACUCAGACCGAAAGGAGUCCGGCCCAAAAUCAUUACCUAUGUCCGAAAGAAUCCUCAGUUUAAGCCCCAGGUUGCUGACGGACCUUAUCAGGUAUCCUCUCUACCGUCCAGGCUGUCAGCUUACACACACGGGCAAACAGCCACUUCCUGUAAAGACACUACAUCAGACCCCUCCAAGCCAGACUCAGACACCAGAGGGGCUCCAGUGCUCAGUGCCUCCAAUCUGCUGUAUGACAAAUACCGCCAAGAGAUGCAGACAAACAUCUAUCCAUCAGGAAUAAUGAGCAGGAGUAUCAGGGCGCCCGGACACACACACACCGUGCCGCCUGCACACACACACAGCCAUUCAGCACCCCCGAAGCUAGGCAGCAAAGCAGACACCUUCUACAGGGCACCAUCAGAGUUUCACAGGCUGAUGGUUUCCCUCCCUCAGUAA